AUGUCAGCGGCUUAUGUGGUCAAGCAAAUUGCAGAAGGAUUUGAAAAGAAUGAAACGGUAGAAUUGGUAAUGGAGAAUCUUCACCUAUUCUCUAAUGGAAUUUUUUCAAAUGUUUACAAGGGAUUACUUAAGAAACCACAACGUCGAUUGAUUGCUGUCAAGAAAUCAUGGUCUGAACAGUCAAACCAUGAACCAAUAGAAAUACAAAUUUUGAUGAUGUUGAAUCGGAUGCAUCACAAAAAUAUUAUUAAAUUGUUAUAUAAAUUUAGCCAAACAUAUCCUGAUCAGAAGGUAUGUACGGCAUUGGUAUUUGAAUUUUUUCCAAUGAAUUUAUAUGAGGUUCGAGAACGAUACGGUCCUUUAAGCAUUUUGGAUGUUAAAUUAUACAUUUGGCAACUAUUCCGAGGACAAGCACAUUUGGAAAAAAAUAAUGUCUGUCACAGAGAUAUAAAGCCACAAAAUUUAUUGGUAAAUCAUAAAAGUGGAAUGCUUAAAAUUUCUGAUUUUGGAUCUUCAAAAAUAAUACAUAAUAAAACAACAUCGUAUCACUAUCAUGUGACAAGAUAUUAUCGUGCACCAGAACUUAUUUUAGGUUCUAUUCGAUAUCGAUGCGAAAUUGGACAAACAACCAAUCAACAACUUAAGCUUGUAAUCAAUAUUUUGGGAUAUCCAACUGCACGUGAUAUUGCAGCAAUGCGAGUGACCACUAAAGUCCUUCAAGGCAAUGAUUUCCGCGGUGAUAUAAUGAAAAAACCAAAUCCUGAUGGUUUUAAACAGUUAAUAAAACACGCUGAUCAAAAUGCAUUAAAUUUAUUAACACAAGUAUUGGUGUAUGAUCCGAUCAGUCGUCUCUCUGGUCCACGUUUUCUUGAAAAUAGUUACUUCAGUGAAUUAUUCGAUCCACAAACCAGGCGUAAUGGACAACGCAUUAAAAUCCUUUCUAAAAAAGUCUCGAUUUGGAAGUUGCAGUUGCAGGUGAUGAAGAAUUGUCUGAAUCAAUCGCCACAGAUACCAGUGAAAUGUUAA